AUGGAGGCCCCCGCAGUCGCAGCAGAGGAGGCCGGAGAGAGGCCGCAUCACCGACCGUUCCUCAUCGGCGUCAGCGGGGGAACCGCCAGCGGCAAGUCGACGGUGUGCGCCAAGAUCAUGGAGCUUCUGGGCCAGAACAAGGUGGACCACCACCAGAGGAAAGUGGCCAUCAUCAGCCAGGACUGCUUCUACCGCGUGCUGACCGCCGAGCAGAAGGCCAAAGCCCUCAAGGGCCAGUACAACUUCGAUCACCCGGAAGCCUUCGACAACGAAUUGAUGUACAAGACGCUGAAGGACAUCGUGGAGGGCAGAGCGGUCCAAGUCCCCACCUACGACUUUGUCACCCACUCCAGGUUGGCGGAGCGGAUGACGGUAUACCCGGCUGACGUGGUCCUCCUGGAGGGCAUCCUGGUUUUCUACCUGCAGAAAGUGCGAGACAUGUUCCACAUGAAGCUCUUCGUGGACACCGACUCGGACGUGCGGCUGUCUCGCAGAGUGCUCCGGGACAUGAGCCGAGGCCGGGACCUGGAGCAGAUCCUGUCGCAGUACACCACCUUCGUCAAGCCCGCCUUUGAGGAGUUCUGCUUGCCCACCAAGAAGUACGUGGACGUCAUCAUUCCCCGGGGGGUCGACAACAUGGUGGCCAUCAACCUGAUCGUGCAGCACAUCCAGGACAUCCUCAACGGCGACCUGUGCAAGUGGCAGAGGGGCUCGCUCAACGGCCAGGGCCGAGGCGCCAAGCGGGCGACGGCGGGCGAGCGCGACCCGCAGUGCGCCGCCCCGCCGCCGCCCAAGCGAGUCCUGCUGGAGCCCAGCACUCGACCACACUAA